AUGUUAAAUGACACUACAUUCAUUGCUUCCGCGAUUGAUGUUUCGGAUAUAGCUAAUGCUAAGGAUUUUCCUACCGAACCACAGCCAUCUACGUCUAAUGCAGUCUCAGAUUAUGUUCAUAAUGACACUUCAUUUAAUAACUACAAAGAAAAGAUAGAUGAUGUAGAUCUUUUUACUUUAAGUGAUUUAGGUGAUUCUGUUGCCGAUAUACCAUCAGAAUUAUACGAUAGCUCCAGUUCUGAUGAUAAUGUAACUUUAUCGACAAAUUGGCUUAGAAAAUACCUGAAGCCUCAGCCGAAACGGCAACAUAAAACUGAAGUUCUUCCUGAUGACAACAACCCCAGACCAAUUAAUACAGAUGAAAAAUCAAUUCAAGAAGAAAAUAAUAGUAUAUUUGUGGCAGAUUACCUUGGUCCAAUUUUUGCUAACAAACAAGAUGCACAGGAAAAUUAUAUUAAAAAAUCCAAAUGUUCUCUCAAACGAAAAAGUCGACACAUAAUGAUAAUUAACAGUUGUAAAAGUAAAUGCAGUCGACACACUCAUAUGGCCGCUGAUGCAGUUCAUGCUAAUAUUGAGCAAAAAAUGAGACGUCAACGUGGUAUUUACGAUUUUGGAGAUUUUAAGGAUUGCGUGUUGAGAUCGAGAAAAAAUAUUAAAAUAUUAGAAAUUCAAAAUCGUUGUAACUGGCCUAAGAAAAAGAGAGCUGGUCGUUUUGGUGAAACUCUCAGAGAGUUUAAGUUAAAGUUUGUGGUCCAGGUCAAAUUCGUAAAGGGUUCAAGAAACCUAUUUUAUAAAACCAGGUCUGACGAAAAUUUUCAAGAAAUAGAAUUUUUACAAAAAAAAAUUAAUGUCAAUUAUUUUGCCCCCCCUGUCGAAGAACCUUGGGGAGUUAACCAAGCAAAGGAGGACGAUAUCAUCUCCAAAUUAGUACCGUUAAUGCCAGCGUAG